AUGGCGAAAGCCAACAAAACUACACUAUGGGCGAAUCGUAAGUGCUUACUCGUGUGCUCGGCUGUUGCUAUCGCGAGCUUGCAGUAUGGUAUUGAUACUACGGCUAUCGGAGGUGUGCAAGCGAUGCCUGGCUUCUUGAUGGUUUUUGGGUAUGAGGAUCCGGAGAGUCCCCUAGGAUAUGGUAUCGAUUCCACCGUACAACAGCUCAUGAACUCGCUUUUAAACCUGGGGUCUUGCGUCUCUGCCAUCAUCGCCGGCGCCUUUGGGGCGCAUUUUGGUCGAAAAAAGGGACUAUGGCUCGCAUGCGUGAUCUGCCUAGCCGCGGUCUCGGUUCAGAUAGGCUCGACAUCCAAAGCAGGGCUCUAUGUUGGCCGUCUCUUACUCGGUUUCGCCAAUGCGUUUUUCGUCGUAUUCUCCACUAUAUACUGUAGUGAGGUCGCGCCUGCGCAUCUUCGGGAGGUUAUGGUCGGCAUGUUCUCCUUCUACGUUACCUUCGGUACCAUAAUAGGCAACGUAAUCGACAACUAUAGCAAAGUCCAUCUCAACAAGCUAGCGUACCAGAUCCCGCUCGCUUGCAUGUAUGUUGUGCCGAUCCUGCUCGGCAUAGUGCUGUUUUUCGUUCCAGAGAGCCCGCGGUGGCUUCUCCACCACGACAACUACGAGGAUGCACGCAGAUCCCUCGAGCGUCUGCGCUUCGACCACGGCGAUGCACUAGAACUCGAGUGGGCGGAGAUGAUCCGAGGGGUUGCAGAGGAACAGCGCUUAAGUAGGGCAUCCGGCUUCAUGGAUCUCUUCCGGGGAAGCAAUCUACGCCGCACAAUGCUUUGCUGGGGCACAAUUGCAAGCCAGUCUGCGAGUGGAGUGUGGUUUUUUGUCGCCUAUCAGACGUACUUCUUCUCCAUUGCUGGAAUCACCAAAGCGUUUGAAUAUGCGAUUAUGAACUCCUGCCUUGGGUUUAUAAGUGUCCACAUUGGCCUGUACAGCAUGAACAAGCUGUUUGGACGAAGGCCUAUAAUGAUUGUAGGGGCGAUAUCGUGCGGGUUAUGCGAGCUGGCUUGCGGGAUUGCGAGUAGUGUCUCACCUGGCUCCAAGGCUACUGGGAAUGUGUUGGUGGCGUUUACGGCCCUUUUCUUCUUCUUCUAUAAUGCCGGCGUGGGUAUUGCGACAAGUCCGCUUGCUACGGAGCUGGUUAGUUCGCGACUCAGAGUCUGGACAGUGGGCAGCGCGAAUGCCCUUGGCUACUUCCUCGCGUGGCUCAUCGGCUUUUGCUCGCCGUAUUUUAUCAAUCCUCAAAAUCUCAACUGGGGCCCACAGUACACGUACAUCUGGGCAGGCUCCAACUUCAUAUGCGUUGCUUGGUUCUACUUCUUCCUCCCAGAAACCAAGGCACGAUCGUUGGAGGAACUGGAUGAGAUUUUUGAGGCUGGUGUUCCGGCACGGAAGUUCAAGCAGUACACUUGUAGGAUUGUUGAAGACCGCGAAGCAAGAUGUCUUUGGCCAUGA